UACUCUCAACUUUAUAGCCAGCUCCUCGUCAAACAUCUCCUCCAUGAAGCCUUCAGUCAUGCUGCUUCUUUUUCUCCUCCUACUCUCAGCAAACAGGUCCAGAGGAAUCAGGUUACUGCUGGAAGAAGAAGACUCGCUGAAUUCCAAACACUACCAUAUCCAUGAGGAUAGUUUGAGGAGCCAUGACGUGAGUAAGGAGAGGAAGAAUGGAGUCUCAGUCGACAGCAAGCAAGAGCAAGUGCAUGUUCACAGCUCGGCUGCGCCGCCACCGGAAACGGAGCCGAGGCAGAACUACCCCGACACCCUUGACAUAGCAGGAAUGGAUUACUCUCCUGCAAAGAAAAUGCCUCCGAUCCACAACUGAAGUAGCAUGAAGUAGCAAACUGAUACCCGCAACAUCUUAGGAGUUUAGUAGUAGCUAUCAGUACAGUAGCAGAGAGCUAGAGAUACUGGACAGCAUUGCUGGAAAUGCUGCAGUUUUCUUGGAUCAGGUCCCGUUGUUCAUGAUGUGGAUUAGAUGAAGUAGAGUGAGGCCAAGGCAGGAGCCGCAGUGGGUGUGGGACUCGAGAGGGACAGAGAUGGGGAGAGAUUUGUCUCGAGUGUAUGAGCCUUUGCAUUGAGUAUUAAUUGGCAUGAUGGAUUGUGUCCUGCAGCAA